UACUUUUUGUUUGGUAAAAGAAUAUUAUCAACAUAUCAAUGAAAGAAUCUAUAAAAACCCUUCCUAUGGAAACAAUAGGAUAUUCAAGGAGGCGGACAUAUAUUGACUGAGAAAGAGAUUCAUUCAUUCGGUAAUGGCAGCUUCAGGCACCGUCGCUUCUUUCAGAACCUCCGUUUCUUCCUCUCCCCAAUUGACCCAUUUGAGAUCCCCCUCCAAAGCUCUCAAAUUUACGCCUCUGCCAUCGUCUCGCUCAAGGCCAUCGUUCUCCGUCUCCUGCACCAUCGCCAAGGACCCGCCUGUUCUCAUGUCCGCCGGAUCUGACCCGACUCUCUGGCAACGACCCGAUUCGUUCGGUCGGUUCGGGAAGUUUGGUGGCAAGUAUGUCCCUGAGACGCUGAUGCACGCUCUCUCCGAGCUCGAAACGGCGUUUCAUUCUCUCGCCACCGACGAUGAUUUCCAGAGAGAGUUGGCGGGGAUCUUGAAAGACUACGUGGGUAGAGAAAGCCCUCUGUAUUUCGCAGAGAGGCUUACGGAGCAUUACCGCCGCGAAAAUGGAGAAGGGCCGCUUAUAUACUUGAAGAGAGAAGACCUGAAUCACACAGGAGCUCACAAGAUCAACAACGCCGUGGCUCAGGCUCUUCUCGCCAAGCGUUUGGGGAAGAAGAGGAUUAUCGCUGAGACAGGAGCUGGUCAACACGGUGUGGCUACAGCUACCGUGUGUGCUCGUUUUGGUCUGGAGUGCAUUAUCUAUAUGGGUGCUCAAGAUAUGGAGAGACAAGCACUCAAUGUGUUCAGGAUGCGACUUCUUGGUGCCGAGGUGAGAGCAGUUCACUCUGGAACAGCAACGUUGAAGGAUGCUACUUCAGAAGCGAUAAGAGACUGGGUGACAAAUGUUGAGACUACUCAUUACAUAUUGGGAUCUGUGGCGGGUCCUCACCCUUACCCGAUGAUGGUCAGAGACUUUCACGCGGUGAUAGGUAAAGAAACGAGGAGACAAGCGUUGGAGAAAUGGGGAGGGAAGCCGGAUGUGUUGGUGGCUUGUGUUGGUGGGGGUUCAAACGCGAUGGGACUCUUCCAUGAGUUUGUGGAUGACACAGAGAUCCGGUUGAUCGGUGUGGAAGCUGCGGGAUUCGGAGUGGAUAGUGGCAAACACGCUGCUACGUUGACAAAGGGAGAUGUGGGUGUUCUACAUGGAGCUAUGAGUUACUUGCUGCAAGAUGAUGAUGGCCAAAUCAUUGAACCUCACUCCAUCAGUGCAGGAUUGGACUACCCUGGAGUUGGACCGGAGCACAGUUUCCUGAAAGACAUGGGACGGGCUGAAUACUUUAGCGUAACGGACGAAGAAGCAUUGGAAGCGUUCAAGAGAGUAUCGCGGUUAGAGGGAAUCAUUCCAGCACUGGAGACCUCUCACGCACUAGCUCACCUCGAGAAGCUAUGUCCCACGUUACCGGACGGAAGCAGAGUCGUAUUGAACUUCAGCGGAAGAGGAGAUAAAGAUGUUCAGACGGUAGCUAAGUAUCUUGAAGUUUGAUAAAAAUUAGACCCUUUUGUUUGUUUGUUUUUCUUUUAAGUUUAAGACAGUGAAAAUCUUUUUUGUUCUUGUAAUCUAUUUGUACUUCUACACGGUCGGGACGUUUCCAAAAUAAUUAGAAACAGAAAAGGACUAAGAAGUGAACAAAGUUUGAAUAAACUGUUCUUUAGUUUGCUGCCA